AUGGUGGCUGUCUUCUACAAAGACAUGUUGAGCUGGUACUUGCUCACACUAAAGAUCCGCGAAAAACUCGAAACCCAGAACCAAGAAUCCGAACUGGUUAAUCAAGAUCACAACAUCAUCCCCCGUUUACCCAAUAUCGUCACCAGAUCCGAUCAAGAACAAAACAAUCAUAACCACGAGGAGACUCAGUCCGAUCCCGGUAAGAUCGAGGUAACCAAAGAGAGUCCCAAAGAGACACGAGACGAUUGGGUGAUCUCGAUUUCCGACAAGCUUGAUCAAGCACAUAGAGACGACGACACAACAAUCUGGGGAAAGCUAUGCAUCUACAGAGUUCCUUAUUACUUGCAAGAAAACGACAACAAGUCGUACUUCCCUCAGACCGUCUCUCUUGGUCCAUACCACCAUGGUAAGAAACGUCUCCGAUCCAUGGACCGUCACAAAUGGCGUGCGGUCAACAGAGUCUUGAAACGUACGAACCAAGGCAUUGAAAUGUAUAUUGAUGCCAUGAGAGAGCUUGAAGAAAAGGCUCGUGCUUGCUACGAAGGUCCUUUCGCUUUGAGCAGUAACGAGUUUAUUGAAAUGCUUGUUCUUGAUGGUUGUUUUGUGCUUGAGCUCUUUAGAGGAGCCGUUGAAGGAUUCACAGAACUCGGAUAUGCACGUAAUGAUCCGGUUUUUGCGAUGAGAGGAUCGAUGCAUUCGAUUCAACGUGAUAUGAUAAUGCUGGAAAACCAGCUUCCUCUGUUCGUUCUAAACCGGUUAUUAGAGCUACAGCUCGGUACACGGAACCAAACCGGUUUAGUGGCACAAUUAGCAAUUCGGUUCUUUGAUCCACUAAUGCCAACAGACGAGCCGUUGACCAAAAACGACCAGUCAAAACUCGAGAACUCGCUGGCAAGAGAAGCCUUUGACCCAUUCGCCGAUAUGGGCGAGUUGCACUGUUUGGAUGUUUUCCGUCGAAGCUUGCUUCGGUCUAGUCCUAAACCGGAACAAAGGUUAUCACGAAAGAGAUGGUCACGGAACACGCGCGUGGCGGACAAGCGUCGACAGCAGCUGAUACAUUGCGUGACGGAACUGAAGGAGGCCGGUAUUAAGUUCAGGAGAAGGAGAACCGACCGGUUUUGGGAUAUUCAAUUCAAAAACGGUUAUCUAGAGAUACCAAGGCUUCUCAUUCAUGAUGGUACCAAAUCUCUUUUCUUGAACCUUAUAGCUUUCGAGCAGUGCCAUAUUGACUCGAGCAAUGACAUAACAUCCUACAUAAUCUUCAUGGACAAUCUAAUAGAUUCUCACGAAGAUGUUAGCUACUUGCACUACUGCGGUAUCAUCGAACAUUGGCUAGGGAGCGAUUCCGAAGUCGCGGAUUUGUUCAACCGGUUGUGUCAAGAAGUUGUUUUUGAUACGGAAGAUAGCUACUUAUCUCGGUUAUCGAUUGAGCCGAAUCUGCUUCGUCCAUCUUCUUCCUUCACUGAAUCUCUUCUUAGCUACGUAAAAAAAUCGAGGCUAAGCGUCCAGCAUUCUCCGGUUGGUGUUUGCUCGUUGUCGAGUGCUGAAAUGGAAACUGAUCCUACUGGCUCUUCAUCUCAAUCUCCAGUUAUACCAAUGGAGAAAGAUGAAUCCAUGCCUGGUAAAUCCGAACCUUCUGGUAAAGUAACGGGCGUCGAAGAAAAUCCGGUGAGCUCUGCCAAAGACUCUAUUACCACAGAAGCUUCAACUGCAAAAGUUGAUACUCAAGAACCAGCUUUAUCUAAUGGUGCUGAGCCUUUGAGUAAAACAGAUAACAUAGUUCCAUGCCCGCCAGAUUCCUCUCCACGGGAAUCACCGCCGUCUGUAUUCUCUUCCUCUGGUCUUUCUUCUUGGGCCAAAAGCUUUAAGUUCCCGCAGCAAGAUCCAAACGCUACAGAUUCCGGGAUGUCAGGUGCUUUCUCAAGAUUCACCUCUGAACUUGGUCUGCAUUUGCCAACGAAAGGCUCUUCUGAUGACCUCAACGACCCCAACAGAUCAUCAAACACACAAGUCGGUGGUGCUUUUGAGUCGCUCACAAAAGCUGUGGUCGAUUCAUCUCGUGGUGCCGUUAAAGCAAUGCAGGUGAAAGCACGCCACAUUGUCUCUCAGAACAAAAGAAGAUACCAGGAAGGGGAAUUCGAUUUGGACAUGACAUAUAUAACUGAGAAUAUAAUCGCAAUGGGGUUCCCAGCUGGUGAUAUAAGCUCUGGUCUUUUCGGAUAUUUCGAGGGACUAUAUCGCAACCACAUGGAAGAGGUGAUCAAGUUUUUUGAAACUCAUCACAAGGACAAGUAUAAAGUCUACAACCUUUGUUCAGAGAGAUUGUACGAUGCUUCAAGAUUUGAGGGGAAGGUUGCAUCUUUCCCAUUUGAUGACCAUAAUUGUCCUCCAAUCCAAUUAAUACCAUCAUUUUGUCAAAGUGCAUACACAUGGUUGAAGGAAGACAUCCAAAACGUAGUGGUGGUUCAUUGUAAAGCCGGAAUGGCAAGAACCGGAUUAAUGAUUUGCUGUCUUCUUCUAUAUCUAAAGUUCUUUCCAACAGCUGAGGAAGCAAUUGAUUACUACAACCAAAAGAGAUGUCUCGACGGGAAAGCUCUUGUUCUCCCAAGUCAGAUUCGAUAUGUCAAGUACUACGAACGUAUUCAAAAUCAGUUUGGCGGGAAAGUUCCACCCGAACAAAGAUGCAUGCUCAGAGGGUUUCGCUUAAUCCAUUGCCCUUAUUGGAUCAGACCUGCAAUUACCAUCUCCAACCACACUGAUAUACUUUUCUCGACAAAGAAACAUCUUAAAACCAAGGAUUUAGGGCCUGAAGAUUUUUGGAUAAAGGCACCGAAAAAAGGAGUUGUUGUCUUUGCAAUACCAGGUGAAGCUGGUCUAACAGAGCUAUCCGGCGACUUCAAAAUCCAUUUCCAAGACAGCGAUGGAGAUUUCUACUGUUGGCUAAAUACUUCACUGACUGAUAAGAGAACAAUGCUGAAAGGUAUCGACUUUGAUGGCUUUGAAAAGCGAAAACUACCUGCGCCGGGGUUCCAUGUAGAGAUUGUAAUGGUAGAAUCCGACAGCUCUCAACCAACAAAACCCAAAUUUGAUUCUUCUCACUCCACGAAACAACCUCCUCAAAGCAGCUCGGGUACUGAUUCAGGCAAUACCAAGUCUGAACAGAGCAGAGACGAUGAUUAUGUAUUCUCCGACAGUGAUGGGGAAGGAAACUCGAAAGGCGUAGAGUCUAAUUCAACUAGUGAAACUCAUCAGAUCAAUGAGCCACCAAAGAUUGAUGACCAUUCUGCAAACAGAAGUGUUACGAGCUCAUCGUCCUCUGGUCUUUCUAAUCCAGUUUCGAACGACUCAUUAGCAGUUAGUGAUUUUAAAGCAAUCGCUGCAGACGCAUCGGUCUUUUCCUUUGGAGAUGAGGAAGAAGACUAUGAAAGCGACUAA